AUGGAGGCUCUCGACAGCCAUAUAGCUACUACACAAUGGCCCUUCGGUCCAUCCCGGCCAGAAGAUCUCUACAGAGAUGCCUUUGUCGCACACCCUGAUCGCUUCGACUGGAGAAAGCGCUGCUGCGACGCCUCCAAAAAGACAAUUCUCUCGGGCUCAUCAUCAUCUCCUCUACAACGCAGAAGAGCAACGGUCUCUAUGGUCUCUGGCACUGAAAGCAAAGUAGCUGCCAAAGCCCGGCGUCUGGCUGAACGAAAGAUGGACGACCGAUCUUUGCGCAUCAGCAGAGAACAAGCGACGCAGCUUCUUCAUCGAAACGCAGAGCGUGAGCCUUUGCGACAAGCGGCCAAAGUCUAUCGCGACAAGUGGACCGAGCUCCUCGAUCAUGAACGCACACAAGAGCUCUCUGCAAUUGCCGAGAGACGGAAGGCGCCAAUCGACAAGCUCAUAGAGGAGGGCAUCGCCAUUGAUGGCUUGCAAGGUUAUUGGCAGGACAACAGCCGCCGUCAUUUCGGCAAAAAGGUUGCUGUGUUCAAGCUCGAUGCCGCUGAGCCUCUGCCUCGUACGCUCUUUUGUGCGGGAGACAAGGUCACAAUCAUGCCAUCCGCAGUUGCUUCGUCUUCUGCCAAGAGUGCAACGCCACCGCUGUUGGAGGACGACUACGUGAUCGAGGCUGAGGUGGUCGAGCGACAACGAAACUUCAUACGGCUCAAGUUCGACGAGAAUGACGAAGACAUCGAUCUUGUCUCGUGUCCUUCUUGGCGUCUGGAUUACGGCUUCAAUGAUCUUACCUUUGAGCGCAUCAAAAUUGCUUUGGAGGCUCUGGAACAUGAUGUGGAAUUCAUAGAGACCCACUACGGCUCCCGCUUCCAGUACAUCUUGUCCGGGACGCGGCUGAGCGAUGUUAUCCUCGGCAUCGAGCCGCCUGCUGAUAGAGUGACUAGAGGUGCUUUCUGGGAAGACGCCCGCGUGCAGAGCUGGUACGAUCGAUUCUCUUGUCGAGACCCCGUCAUCAUCGAUGGCGACCCGUUGCCUGAGCUCAACCGGUCGCAGACUCAAGCGGUCGCCAUGAUGCUGCGUGAGCGCGUCUCGCUCAUUCAAGGUCCACCAGGCACUGGCAAGACCCGCACCAUCGUAACUGCGAUCAAGCUGCUCAAACAAGACUUCCAGGUUCCUCAUCCGAUCAUGCUUGCUGCGCAUACGAAUGUUGCUGUGGACAACCUUGCGGAUGGCUGCAUCAAGGCUGGACUUCGUGUGGUGCGUAUUGGUCCUUCGGCACGCGCGCGAGCUGGCAUCGAUCAGUACACGCUCGACGCCUACUUCCUCCGCCAUCCCGCCAAGGCAAGGCUCGACCAGAUCAAGAGGCGUCUCGACACACUCGAUAGGCUCAAGAGCGACUACGAGAUGGGACGCAUGUCUGGCUCCGCCUCCUCAAAAGUUGCAAACAGGCUCUAUGAGAGUGUCGGUGCAGAUGGCGAGGCUGUUGCACAGUCAUGGAAGGACGUCAUGGCUGGGCGUAAAGAGGAGCGAGAUGCAACACAGAGUCAAGCUGGCGCUGCCUCGGUGGAAUACGAAGCUGUCAAGAAGCAGCUCAAUCGGCUCAAGGCCACCUACUUCUUCCUGCGCGCCUCGAUCCGUGGCGAGAUCCUCAACCGCGCCGAUGUGAUCUGCGGUUCCGCCAUCGCUGCCGGCUCGCCCGAACUCGACAUGAUCGAUCUUCCAGUCGUCUUCUUCGACGAGGCAUCGAUGGCCACCGAGCCCGUCUCGUUGGUGCCGCUGAUGAAGGGAUGUCGACAUCUGUCCAUCAUUGGUGACCACAAGCAACUUCCUCCUGUCGUGACUAGCGUCGAAGCCAAGCAGGGUGGACUAUCCCGCAGCUUGUUCGAGCGACUCAUCGAAAGUGGCCAGAACAUUCCAUCAACGAUGCUCAACGUCCAGUUCCGUAUGCAUCCCAGUCUAGCCGAGUUCCCCAACAAGGCCUUCUACGACGGCGCACUGCAGAACGGGAAGGGCACAGAACAGAUCGCGCCCGUUGAAUCUAGCUACUGGCGCACUCGCACUGCUGGUCAGAAGAAGAGCCAAGAUGCACAACGGCUCUGCUUUAUCGAUCACCAGGGUCGCGAGUCAAAAACGGAUAACUCUACGUCGCUGUAUAACACGUCAGAGGCACGAAUUGUCGUCGACGUUGUCGUCGACGUGCUUCGUCGUAACCCCCAGCUGACUGGUGAUGACAUUGGUAUUGUUACACCUUACGCCGGUCAGCAGAUCUUGCUGGAGAAGAUGCUGCAAAACGAACGAUCUGAUGCACGCAAGAAAGCCUCCUCUGCCAUUGGCGCACGAUCGUCUCAACUCGGAUUCAUCGACAUUCACACAGUUGACGGCUUCGAAGGACGUGAGAAGAAAGUCAUUCUCUUCUCGACAGUUCGUACCAACGCUCUGGGCUACGUUGGCUUCCUCGCUGACGGUCGAAGACUCAAUGUUGCUUUGACACGAGCUCAAAGUGCAAUGUUCAUCAUUGGCAACAUUGACACUUUCAAAAAGGCCCAGCUUAGCGAAGCCGCUUACAGUCGGGUGGAGAGUCCAAAUCUCGAGGCACUGCGCAACUACGCCGCGUAUUUGGAACAGCGAGACGCAGUGUUCAGUCACAGUAAGGGGAGUUUGCGGCUGUCGGAGGAGGUUGAGAAGGAAGAGGUUGUUGAGACUGAUGCUGCUGAUGGAGGAGAGACAGAUCCUGAUGCUACAGAUUGGCAGCACAUGGUCGCUGAGCGUGACACCGCCUGA